GCUCAUUCAUCUGUGGAUUUGGGCGUUGGACUCCGCAUCUUAUUAGCAACAAGGGAAAUUUCUCCAUUUUGCAUCUUGUCUACGGCGACAGGGACACAUCUAGGAUUUUAUGACUUCUCCUCAUCUGGCAGCUCCUCCUGUGUUCGUGUAAAAAAAAAAAAAAGAAACCAGUCGGCGGACUCGUUUUGCCCGCAGAGACCGAGGGGCGCUUCGACAAAGGCUGCCGGGUCUUUGUUCGCCUUUUUGGGGGUUCGCUUUGGUUUCUUUGUUGGAGCGAAAAGCAGCAUGGGAGCCAGUUUGGCCAAGACGCCUGCAAAAGGCGAUACGGUGGCCGAGAAGCCCGGAGAGGCUGCAGCCGCCUCACCGAACAAGACGAACGGCCAGGAAAAUGGUCAUGUCAAAGUAAAUGGAGACGCUUCUGCAGCAGGUGAAGUUGAGAAAGAGGAGGUGCAAGCCAACGGCAGUGCCGCCGCAGAGGAGACUCUCAAGGAAGGCACAGAGGCAGUGCCAGCGGAUGGAGACAAAGUAGAGGCAGCGCCCCCUGCUGAGGGAGACGCAUCAGGGAAGCCAGAAGACGGAGCCACUCCUUCAACCACCAAUGAGACCCCUAAGAAGAAGAAAAAGCGUUUCUCCUUCAAGAAGUCCUUCAAACUCAGUGGCUUUUCUUUCAAGAAGACCAAAAAGGAGACCGGCGAGGGGGCGGAGCAAGAAGAGGCAGCUGUGGCAUCCACAGAGGAGGCCAAGGCCGAGGCUGCGGAGGCGACCGCCGCAGAGGAGGCCGAGUCUGCUGAGGGGGAAGCCGCUCCGGCCACAGAGGAGGCUAAGGAGGAGGCGGCAGCAAGUCCCCCAGAGGCCAAGCCAGAGGCGGAAGCAGAGGAGCCCGCCCAGGAGCCCAAGGAGGCCACACCCACAGAGGAGGUCAAAGAAGCCACACCCACAGAAGAGCCAAAGGCAGAGGAGAAGCCCGUUGAGCCCGUGGCUGAGGAGACCCCCAAAACUGAGGAGGCCGCAGCGCCCGCGCCACAGGAAGCAGCGUCACCUGAGGCUCCGGCUGAAGCCGCUGCCGAGUAAGGAUGGAGAGGUGGAGCGAGGAGUAGAAGGCGGAGCGAGAGAUAGCGAUAAUCAAAAAACAUUUCCCUGUUUGUAUGUCAGAGCGACACCAUCGGUGGCUUUGAAGAACUUUUCUACAAACAGGGAUAUUUUAAAGCUUUUCUUUUUAUUUCCAUUCCCCCCUCACACAAAACCCAGCGCGGCCCGAUGGGCCACGGAGGCGGGUGGCUUCUUAAAUACAUAAAAUGGAUCAAACACCUUCACACUCUGCCAGAUUUUUUUGUUUUUUUAAAUCAGUAUUAUUCUCUCUCUUCUGAAUUUUAUACAAAAUGUAAACUUGUCACCUGUGGUAUGAAGGUGAGGGGGCGGAGCUGGAAUGUAAAUGAAGGGUGGGGGCAGGAGGCGUCUGCUACAGACUGUGAGAGGAAGUCUUUCAACAAAAAUCCACAAUCCAACACUGCAGUUUGCAACACUAAGUCCAAAAAAAAUUCCCAGAGUUAGCGUUUAGGAAGUCAUCUCGACCCGUAGGAGCUCUCACGUCUCAUUAGCCGUCAGUGAUUCCGUAGACUUACCAGCUGUAUAGGCUUUAUGGUUUAUUGUAAGUAUGUAUAGGCGGGGUGUUUUUAACUGUGAUUAUUGUACAAAUGAAAUAUUGAUCUCAAGAAGCACAUCCAGUUUGCAGCUCUCUCUCUCUCUCUCUCUCUCUCUCUUUUCCACCGGGUCAUUUUUCUAAGACGACGACACAAACUUCAUCCUGAGACCUUUGAAGCAAUGCUGAACUCAACCAAGCUGUGAUAAGUGGAAUGGUUCCUGUUUCUAUGCUGUGGCAUGUUCUGAUGAUGCUUUGUUUUUAUCUUUUAUUUUUUUAACCGUCUCCCACAAAUUAAGGAAUCUAUCAGAUGCGAUGUUUGUGUAGCAUCUUGUCUUUUAUCUUUCUUUUGUAAAUACUGGAGAGGCUUUGAUCAAUUUGACUUAGAGAUGGAAUGUAACUUUGCUUACAAAAAAUUGCUAUUAAACUCCUCUGCUUAAGGUGUUCGACUUUUCUGUGCGCACAAUAAAAGCAAAAAUAAAUGUGAAGAAAAUUU